AGUUUGUUUUAUUCACCAUUUUGAGUAGCCGAAGGUAAAAUUUAAACUAAAUACCUUCGUAGAGCAGGGAUAUUCCCAGCAUUGUUUAAUUUUCUCCACAGGGAAAGGGCGUUGGUUUCGCGACGUCACCUUUUGGGCCCCUUGGCUUUUAAAAGAUCACGUUUUGUUUGCAUUUUCCCUGCUUUCUUUUGCUCUUUUUCAAUUUUAACCUCUACAGUAUUCCUGCAAAAUGGCAAGACCAGUGAGGAACAGAAAGGUGGUGAAUUACUCUCAGUUUAAUGAAUCUGAUGAUGCAGAUGAGGAAUAUGUGAAAAGUGCUGAGACGGUAAAGAAGAUACGAGCUCCUCCACGUGAAAUCAAGCACAAGAAGACCAAGAACUCAAAGGAGGAGAGGCAAGAUUCAGAUGAUAAACUCUCCAAAUCCAAAAAUGAUUCGGCAGAUGACUUGGGAAGCGAUGAAGAGAACGACUUUGGAGAGGAAGAGGAGGAGGAAGAUGGAGGAAGUGACUACGAUGAUAAAAAGGCCAAAAAGGGAAAGAAGGCAAAGGUUGAAAAACCAGGCAAAAAACCUUUGAAGAGGAAACGAGGUGGAGAUGAUAGCGAUGAUGACAAAGCGGUGAGCAGGAAGCCGAGGCAGGUGAGGCAGGCAGCCUCCAAGGCCGUGUCCAAACAGAGAGAGAUUCUUCUGGGCGAUGGAGGUAGUGAGGAUGAGGAGAAAGAGGAUGAAGAACAGGCGUUUGUGGACCAAGAGUCAGGCAGCGAUGAAGAUUUUAUGGUGGAUGAUGAUGAUGACAGCGACUACGGCCACUCCAAAAAGAAAGGCAAGAAAGUGGUGCCGAAAGGUGGAAGACGGGUGGAGAGGAAGGAUAAGAAAUCUCCCAAACCUCGGCUAAAGGCAACAGUGAACCCCAGCCCCAUGAAGGGUAAGGGAAAAGGUCGCCCCAGCGCAGCCAAAGCGCUGGAGAAAUCAUCGCCCAAAGACGAUGAGGAACCCGAAAGCCCCCUCGAAGAUGAAGAGGAAGAUGAGGUGGAGAAGAAAGAGUCUCCUCCCACCAAAAAGACAAAGGAAGAAGUCCCCGAAGACGAGGAAGAAGAUGAAGAAGAGGACGGCUCGGAAGAGGACGCUCCAUCCGGGGAAGACUAGCCAUGUUAUCGACAACUUCUUCUCUUUUUUCCUCUUUCCCUUUACACUCUUUUUUCAUUUUGGCUGUAUUCUGGUUGAUUUUGAUUUUUUUCCCCUCCCGUGUCUGUUAUGGCCUGGCUCAUUGGUUUGAACGGUUUUUAUUUUCCUUUUUUAGCCUUUCAGGAUAUUUUCCUGGAACUUGUGAGCAUAUAUAUAUAUUAUUGAGUAAAAUGUGUCCGAGUCAGUUUAUUUAUGGGUCUAUAAUCUCAAGAAAAACCCCAGUAGGGUUGGCGCUCGCCCAGGGUAAUAACAUGAUGAUAUUCUCAGAAAACCGCCGGAAAAGCUCACGUGUUUGUUUUCAUGGCAUGUAUAAAGCUUCGUUUCCACGCUGUAGUGCUAAAUUCAGUUAGCGGGCUUCAUUAGUCAAACAGAAGCAGAACAAAUGUUUGUGUGAAUUGUUUGUAAAAGCAUUGGGCCUGGUUAUGUAAGAAAUUAAUUGAUUUGUUUACUAAUAUUAAUAACCGCAAGUCAUUUUGACCAUUUACUUAACGGUGGAUCUUGGUAAUGAAACACGAUAAGAACACAUUUCUUAAAUUUUUCGCCAUUAAAUAGUUUUAUGAAUUGCAUGCGCUGGCAUUUAUUCCAGUUCUGUUUCAUUCUGGCAUUCAAUUCUUUUGAUGAGUUGCAUGAAGAUUUCUCUACGAAUGAAUUGAACGGCUCGUGUUUUCAGGCUCAGUGAGUGAGCGUUACGAACAAUUCACACAAGAAAUCGUAUUUUAUGAAUGAGUUUCUGUGUGUUCUUGCGGUUUCAAAGUAUUUGUUCUGUAUCGGUCGGGGUUUUCCGUUUCACCUGAACUCAAGUUGUUUUGUAUUUAUUCAAAGUGCGUUACCGGCUUCUCGUUCAUGUGGAUCUUAAGAUGGAGAAAUGCGGCUGUUAUCGUAAGACCUAACAUUCAUGUUUUGAGAAUUACAUUUACCAUGGUACCCUAUCACCCUAUUACGUUUUCUAUUGUACCUUUUAAAUAAACACUCGAUUCGUGUAGUUUAAACUGUAAUGUUAUGCAUUUGCUAUUUUAAAGGGAUAGUUCACCCAAAAAUCGAAAUUUUGUCAUCAUUUACACGCCCUCAAGUCGAUUUGCUGAACACGAAUAUAUUUUGAAAACUGUUUGUAACCAAACAUCUGGGGCACCAUUGACUUCCAUAGUAUUCUUUUUUUUUACUAUGGAAAUCAAUGGUGCCCCAGAUCUGUUUGGUUACAAACAUUUUUUCCAAAAUAUUUAUAACCAUUUUGAAAAAGGUUUAUAACCAAGCAGAUUUGGGGCACUAUUGACUUCCAUAGUAUUAUUUUUCCUACUUUGGGAGUCAAUGGUGCCCCAGAUCUGUUCGGUUACAAACAUUUUUUCCAAAAUAUUUAUAACCAUUUUGAAAAACGUUUAUAACCAAGCAGAUCUGGGGCACUAUUGACUUCCAUAGUAUUAUUUUUCCUACUUUGGAAGUCAAUGGUGCCCCAGAUCUGUUUGGUUACAAACAUUUUUCUAAAUCAACUUGAUGGUAAAUAAAUGAUGACAGAAUUUACAUUUGGGGUGAACUAUCCCUUUAAAGGAAUAUUUUGGGUUAAACUCUAUUGACGAUCUCUAGCAUGUUGUCAGAUACCACAAAAUAACUUCGUCUCGGUUGAUAAAAAUGCAUUAAUGGUUAUGUACAUUCAUACACACUUUAGUUUUUCAACAUUAAGGCACAAAUUAAAUUUUUGUCAGCAUGCCACAUGUGGCGUCCAUAGAGCUCAAUAUGUAACCUAGAGUAUUCUUUUUAUGAAUUUCGUUAAUUUUGCUCCGACUUCUGUAUUGUGGGUUUGUUUGCGUUUUAUUUUUAUUUCUUCAUCCACCAGAUCAUCUCAUACAAAAGCUUGAGAUUUCAUUCUUUCAUCUCUCAAACUGAGGCAUGCAGUGUAAGCGUGUUGAGAUCAGGCCUUAACAUGAUUAAUUGUACGGUAAAAUGUGAAUCUGAGGUCUCGUGCACUGUCGCUGCCUUACAAAGCCUGUAUUAUAAUAUAGCACCGCUAAGCUAAACCAAUGCCGGCUUUGCUUCAUACCCGUUUGGUUCAGAGAUUGUAUAGGAGCUCUUGAAGAGUCAAAUAUUGUUAUUCUUUAUGCCCUGGAUCAGAUAUGACAGAGAUGUGAUGAAGAAGAAUUGUACCAUUCAUACGUUAUGUGUGUUUGCUCGUAUAGUAUAUUUCUGUUGCUGCUUGUCUUGAGUUACAGACAUGUGUAUGAUGUAUAUCCCAUGAUGCAUUUCAAAGGUCUUUCUGUCUACAGAGCAUAGUAACAUUUUGACAUUGUUCGAUCCUUUCUGCCAGGAAUCUCUGAAUAUUUUACACUUGUGCUGUUUCAAUUCGGUUUUAACCUAGCUGUCCAAAAAAAUAAGUAUGAAUGUUUUUGUGUGCUUUUUUUGUUUCAUUUUUCCUCCUCAGAUUUUUUGUAAGGUUUGUUUUUUUAAGAAAAGAAAUAAAAUGUAUCUUCAUUUUAAUGACAAAUCA